AUGGUUCAUGUUAUGUUGGUGGAAUGGUAUGGUAUAUAUACGCGGCGGUGGGGCGCGCGCGUCACUCAAUCGCAGACGAAGUCACGCUUACCAACAGUCAUGUUGUGCAGAAAGUUAAGUCUACUCCUCUGUAUCCUGGGAGCCUUGCUGGCGCUGGCAGCAGCCAGACCUGAUGGUGGAGAGACACACCCCUUGCCAGGACCUGGACUAGCUUAUGGUGGAAUCCCCUAUGGCAGCGUAAGCGGUGACGUCGCAUCAUUCUUCAGAAGUAAAGCGGCACCUGCCGGCCGAUCCAGUAAUUAUAACGUAGACUUCGCACCGAUUGAACAGUGGCUCAGAUAGAUGGCGCUAGUUGUACAUAGUUUAUAGAUUAAUUUAUUUAAACUAGGUGGCGUUACUGAGAAGAUAUUUUUUUAACUUUGUGGUGCACAUGAGCGAAUGAUUUGUUUACUUUACUCUAUUGUAUAAUUAAUAAAUUAAAAAUAUGGAUUGAGAUUUGCCAUAUGAUUGUGUCAUAAUUUAUUCAAAAUAAUAAUAAUGAAUUUUAUAGAGCUUACAAAAAGUAUGUAGGUCUGUACUUAGGUAAAGGAAAUGAAAUCAUAAAUUCAAAAGUGGAAUAUCUACAAAUAAACAAAUGUAAAUGUUUA